CAUGAGAACGGUCCAUUUUGCCACUGCAGUGUACCCUGACAGAGACUGGGAAAGGAUCUUUGACAGGUUUCCACAUGUGUGAAUGAAGAAGAUCGGUGGCAAUCCAAAAUUUAGUGCUGAUUACUCACCCAUUUUGACUUGGUGUGCUUGGAUGUGAAAAGCUGGUUGAAGAAGAACAACAACAACACAGCAGAAGGUCAGAGAGACGCCUAACGUAAGAGAGGGAGUCCCCGAAGACGAAUAGAGGAGCGGAAAACUGUCUGAGAACAGCGGAGGGGGAGUGCAGAGAGACGUACAGAAGGAAACUGGAGAAAUUCAUUGGAGUGAAGAUUACAGUCACGUAAAGAAGAGAGAAGACAGAAGAAAAACGUGGCCAAGCAUGAGAGAGGAGGAGCAGUGUAAUGAUGACCACCCUGAGGGAGGGGUGAUUUCUAGUGAGGAGAACACUGCAAGACCGCUUUCUAACGCAUGUCCUGUCGUUGUUGCGACACCGGGGGUCACUGGGCGUAAACGGCAGAUGGGGUCACAUAUGGAGGAUCACCUUACCACGGUCACUCCCACCACACCAGCAGAUGAUGGCAAGGUCAAGUCAGGAGAUGACAUCCAGAUCUACACACCGACCGGACCCAAAAAACUCAAGAGGAGUCCUCAGCAUCGCCCACCUUCCUCUGGCCCGUCCCUUUCUCCUGUCCCAGGUCCGAGUCCAGGAGGUCUUUCAGCCCUUGAGGACCCGCAUGCCCAGCGGGUCAUUGCCAACAUCCGGGAGCGCCAACGGACACAAUCUCUGAAUGAAGCUUUCGCCUCAUUGCGCAAGAUCAUCCCGACACUUCCCUCUGACAAACUGAGCAAGAUCCAGACCCUCAAGUUGGCGUCACGCUACAUUGACUUUCUCUACCAAGUUCUGCAGAGUGAUGAGAUGGACUCUAAGCUUGCUGGAUGUAAUUACCUUGCCCAUGAGAGACUGAGCUAUGCCUUCUCCGUUUGGAGGAUGGAGGGAGCCUGGUCGAGCAUGUCUGCUGGUCACUAGCCCUGUCUGAGAAUCCCUAAAUCAUAUGAUGAUGACUCCCUCAUGACCGGAAAACAUUUUACACACACAGAAAGCUGAGGUGACAUCUGAUCUGUGCCUGCUCAUCAGAGGACUAUUUACAACCCCAACUCAGGUGAUGUGUUUACAUUAAGGGAAAGACACUUCAUGAGAUCACAAAUUUUAUGUGAGCAUUUGGAUGGAACACAUUUUAAAGCCACUGCUGCCUUUUGAAGUUUGUAGUUUUCUUUCUUAGCAGGCCGCAUAUCAGAUGUCAUGGUGCCAACGAUGGGUUAAAAAAAAAUGCACCCCAACAGGGACAAUGUACUCAAGUAUGACAGCUACCUUUCUAAAGACUUUUUUUUAAAAUAAAUGUGUAUUUGUUCACAAAGAUCACAAUGAAAGGCAGGACAGAUGAAAAACAAGAAGCAGUCAGUCUUCUUCAUCAGUCAUCCAGUUCAUCACACUGAUUGUUAUGGAAUCCCUGUCAUAAACUUUGCCUCUACAUGACAGCCUUUGACUCCCUCUGCUGGAGCCCUCUGACCCCUCGGAUUUCUCAGCUUCUGAAACAUGACACCUGGUUUCAUCCUCUUCAUCACUCCUGAUUUUACCACCAAGAUCAGUAUCAUUGUCAUCACUGCCAUCAUCAUCA